CGCGAACGGCAGCGACGCCGAGCCUAAGAUUUCUUCUUCGGAAUAAAGAAAACCGCAAGUACUGAAGGAAACCAAGCGACCAUUUCCCUUGAGUGAGGUGUCGUCAAUCAGCCGGUGGAAGGCGAAGAUGAGCUUCCCCGGCGAGCGAGCGAGCGAGGAAAUGUUCGGCACAGGACUCGGCGUCAAGGAAGAGUUGAGCGAAGAUCUCACGGACGAGAUGUGCCUAGAGAUCAAGGAGGAACCCCUCGACUAUGGAGAUGAGGCGAGAAACGAAGUGCGUGACGUGAAGGCGACGCAAGAGUGUCAUUUUCUUCGCAAUCUUCGCGAUCCAGGACACGAAGCAGAAGAAUCCUCGUGGAACUUGACUAAGGAUCGUAAUGACGCGUCAAAAGUGCCGUUCGCGGCUGAGGACUGCGAGGAGAGACUGCAGGAGGCAGAGACACAGCCGGAAGUGGGAUUGGAAAGCGGUCUGGCAAAGCACGCCGGUGUACGUACAAAGGAGAAGCCAUACAACUGCGAACUUUGCUGCAAGACCUUCUUGUACAAAUCCAAUCUCCUGAAGCACAUGAUAAUGCAUACAGAGGAGAAGCCCUACAGCUGCGAGCUUUGCAACAAGGCAUUCUCGCGGAAGCACAACCUGGCGAAGCACGUGAGAGCGCAUACGAAGAAGAAGCCGCACGUCUGCGAGAUUUGCAGCAGGGGCUUUGCCGAGAGAGGCCAUCUCGUGACGCACAUCAGGGUACAUACGAAAGAAAAGCCUUACAAAUGUGAAACCUGCGACAGCGCCUUCUCGCGGAAACACAAUCUGAUGAGGCACACGAGAAUACAUACAAAGGAAAAGCCUUACACCUGCGAGGUCUGCAACAAGGCUUUUUCCGAGAAAGGUCACCUAGUAACCCACACCAGAGUACAUACAAGAGAGAAGCCCUACCGAUGCGAGAUUUGCAGCAAGGACUUCUCGGAGAGAACGAGCCUAGUGGUCCACAUGAGAGUCCAUACGAAGGAGAAACCUUACUCCUGUGAGAUUUGUAACAAGACCUUUUCACACAGAACUAGCCUAGUGAGUCACACGAGACUACAUACACAGGAGAAGCCCUACAGCUGCGAGAUCUGCAACAAAGGCUUUUCGCAGAAAAAUAAUCUAGGGAGUCACAUGAGAGUCCAUACAAGAGAGAAGCCAUACUCCUGUGAGACUUGUGGUAAGUCCUUCUCGCAUAAAACCAGUCUAGUGAUCCACACGAGAGUACAUGCCAAGGAGAAGCCCUACAGCUGUGAGAUCUGCCACAGGGCCUUCUACGAGAAAAGUCGCGUCAUAAGGCACAUGAGAGUACAUACCAGGGAGAAACCUUAAAGCCGUGAGAAUUUUUGUAUCUUCGUGGAAAUGGAUUAUGGUGAAGCGCAUGGAAGAGUACAUACAAAGUAGAAGCCUUAUAUGAAAUAAAUCUCUCACAGUGUCAUAACACACACAAGAGUACAUACAAAAGAGAAGCCUUGUAUGAAAUUAAACCUCUCACACUGUCAUUACAUGAGGCCACACACAAGAAUACAUACAAGAGAGAUGCCAAACAGCUUGAAAGAUUUGUAAUAACUGUUGGUAUAUAUAUAUAUUUGUACAUAAAAGUCAUGAGUCAUCUAAAAUGUUUCAUCUAGAGGGAAUGCACUUCCUCUUGAUAUAAAUAGGGAAGAAAUAUUCUAAAUUUUGGUAUAUCUCUUCAUUUUUUUAUUAAUUUAUAUUACAUCUAUUAUUGUUAAUGUAUAUUUCUUUUAUGCAUUAUGAUAUGUAUUUAACCGAUUUGCGCCAGGUAAAAGAACAAAAAAUGGGGGAAAUGCUGUGCUCAUUUUUUAUAUUUUUAAAUGAAAUUUCUCUACACUAGAUGGCUCUGCUUUACCGGAUUUCAUUUGGCGGGAAAAUGUAUUUUCACUAGUGCUAUGAAUAUCGAUGGUUAUUUUUAUUAAAAACAUUAUAAUUACUAUAAUGUUAUAAACAUUAGUAACAGCAAAAUAAGAUAACGUAAGAUAUUUUCGUAAAUUAAAGAAAAUGGUAAACAGACGAGACAGGCAGUACAAGUACAAGUGGAGCCAUCUAUGUAUAAAAACAAUUAAACAAGUAAACUCAAAGUGGGCCCGUCAUGUAUACAUGACACCCGGUGCGAAUGGGUUAAGUCUUCAUAAAAGGUUGACUGAAAGUUGUUGGCCAUUUUGAAAAGAGUGUUUUAGCUUCAACCUUGAUUUUAUUAUAAUGCAAGAGAAAAAAAAAAAAAAAAUGUGUGCAUAUAUGUAUAUGUUUAUUUUUAUGAAUGUUAAUUUUAUACAAUUUUAUCCAUAUUGUUAACUAUUUAUUGUCUUUUUAUCUGUUUUUGGUGAAGAAUUGAAAUGAGGUGUUAAUCCAUUGCCGCCGGGGAAAAUGAAUAAAAAAUUGGGGAAAAUGAAUAAAAAAUUGGGGAAAAUGAAUAAAAAAUUGGGGAAAUGAAUAAAAAAUUGGGGAAAUUGAAUAAAAAAUUGGGGAAA